AUGUCUAGUGAACAAGGAAUAUUCAAGUGCGGUACAUGUGGCCAAACAUUUACACGCAGACAACAUGAAAGCAGACACCAAAGAAUUCACACCGGCGAGAAGCCAUACAAGUGCACACACUGCCCAGAGGCAUUCUCUAGAUCAGAUCUUCUCAAUAGACAUAUAUCAAAGCAGCAUCCUUCCGUACCCAUUAUCCCAAAGCGUUCUGCCAACUGUAGACCAGGUUCACGCAAGUCAAUGGACAAGCACCCUGCAUCGAAAGCGCAGAGAAACCGCGAUAAGAUUGUCGAUAAUAACAUGGCAGCUCAACCAAUGACAGCUGAGUCUAGCCACAAUACAUCCAACAACGAUGAAAUAAACAGCUUUAUGCCAACGUUGGUGGAGACUAGCGCACCAGAUGGAAAUAGAAACACAUCCACAGAUAAUAGCAUGAUGUUAUUUAGAUCACUCACUGAUAAUUGGUACAACACAACCAACGUUUCUCCUCAGUCGCCUAUGUCAAUUAUGAUGGCUUCGCAGAACCAAAACCAGAACCUGCAGAGCAACACAGAUUUCAGCACGCAACAUGAACAGCCAUUCGACACUAGCAGCUUCAACUACAACGACGUGAUGUCUACAUUUCUCAACUCACCCUCUAUCAACAUUGAACCAAACUUCAACACUAACACCUUACGAGUAUCCACACCAACGAUGGCGAUAGAGAGUCCAUUUGAAUUGUUUGAGCGACCAGACAGCAGCAAUGUCAGUAAAGAUUUCGUAGCGGCUCUUAAGAGAAGAUCAAGUGAAAACAUACAAGCCAUGUCUUUGAAAAUACCUCAAAGCGAUACCUUUACGAGGCUGAUAGGUGGCGGUAGCCUCGGUGUGAGCACGUUUAAGCUCAACACGAAGAAUAUGCACAAACAGAAAAUGUCUAAGCUUUCACGCAUCGAUGAUAAAGCUCGUUUUGGUAGUAGCAGUAGCAGCAGUAGUAGCAGCAGCAGGGAUGUUGGCGGGGAUGUCGAUCCGUUUGUGAAGAGGGAUAACGAAACGCCCACACCUGAUUACACUUCCAGCACCACACUGUCGUCACCCUCCUCAGCCAGCCUCGUUACACCGGUCGAUUACUCUAAAGGACAGGCACAGCAGGCACAGCAAGCGCUCAACUCAAUACAGAAUCUCAAAAUAGUAGAAGAGAAGGAACGAAAGAGCAAUGAAGAUAAUAAUCUGUACAGCUCACUCUUCUCAGAUGACUUGGAUCCAUUAGCAGCGUCGUCGUUUUUGGAAACGGCGGUGUGA